CUAAUUCCCAUUUCUUUCCCGCCAUCUUGCUUUCAUCCGGUCCCUUUCUCUGCUCCGAAACUCUGCUAUUCAACGAAAAACUAGGGGUUCCAUUGAUAGAGAGAAAGAAUUUGAAGCAAAGAUGACGAAAGACGAAGUUGAGAACGGAAGAGAUGACAUGUUGAUUGAUGGACCUGAGCAAGCAAACGCCGUUCCUGAUGGAUUCAACGCCAACUAUCUCAGAAUAUACUAUGGAAAGUUAUUUCCUCAUGCUGAUAUCUUCAAGUGGAUGUCUUACGGAAAUGAUGGCAAGCAUCCUGCUUGUGACAAGUCCUACAUUGGAAGAAGGGAAUUUUCUUUCACGCUUGAAAAUGACAUUUAUAUUCGAUUCCAGUCUUUCAACAGUGCUUCUGAACUGGAAAAUUCCAUCAAAGAAAAGUGUCCAUUCAAGAUUGAUAUUGGGCCUGUCUACAGUGUUGAUCCUGCUAAGAGGCAUGCCUAUGCACAAAGUGGCGACAAUGUUUUCACUCCAGUUGAAAGGGAACUGAUUUUUGAUAUUGAUAUAACAGAUUAUGACGAUGUUAGAUAUUGCUGCACAGGAGCUGAUGUUUGCUUGGAAUGCUGGCCUCUAAUGACAAUUGCAAUUAAAGUGAUUGAUACUGCCCUCAGAGAUGACUUUGGCUUUAAUCACAUUCUCUGGGUAUAUAGUGGCCGACGUGGUGUGCAUUGCUGGGUUUGUGAUGGAAAAGCCAGAAGGUUGACUAAUGAACAGAGGGCAGCCAUUGCUGACUAUUUCCGUGUAUACCAGGGCAAUGAAAAUAGUAACAAGAAGAUAUCUUUACCAGGUCAUGUUCUUCACCCUUUCCUGGCGAGAUCCUAUACUGAAGUUCUGAAGGGCUUUUUUGAGGCAAAACUGCUUUCGAACCAAAAUUUACUUUCAUCUGAGGAGAGAUAUGAGAAGAUCCUAGAAAUGAUUCCUGAUGCUGUUGCUGCUGAGCUUAGGGGGAGGUGGCAGGAGAAAAAGCGAUCUUCCAUGUUAAAAAAUGACAUUAAUGUUGUUAGAUGGGAGCAACUAAAACAUGCCCUUCAAUCAGGAAAACAAAAGGCACAAGGACUACGAAGAUGUGUUGAAGAGAUUGUCUUUUCUUUCACGUACCCUAGGCUUGAUAUGGAGGUUUCGAAGCACAUGAACCAUUUACUGAAGGCACCAUUCUGUGUACAUCCAAAAACAGGUCGUGUUUGUGUUCCGAUUGACCCAAACAAUUGUGAUGAAUUUGAUCCAACUAAAGUGCCAACCCUAUCUCAGCUUUUGGAAGAACUAAACAGGGGAGGACUAAGACAAGAUGCUGAGGAUGCAGAAUGGGAUAGAACCUCACUUGGAGAGUCAGUCACGUUUUUCAGAUCAUCGUUUUUACAUCCUCUGCUAAAAUCUUGCAAGGAGGAGAUAGAAAGUUCUUACAAUACAAAGCUGCAGCAAGCCAAGAACACCCUCAGCUGGUAGUGUUUUCUAAAUGAUAUCAUCGGGAGAAUCAUUUUAUUCUUGAAAAUUAUAUCAUCGGGAGGAUCUGGUUGUCCCUUUAUUGUGACGUACGAUAUAUGUUGUUGAUGAUUAAUAUUUUCUUGUUCUUGUCCUUCAUAUGAAGUUAUAACUUUAGGAACUAUCCCAACCAAGGACCGCAGCUUAACCACCCAUGUUAAUAUAUAUAUAUUCCAAUUAUUUUAUCUUGUCUGAAGAAUAUACAAACUUUUA